AGCUUUGUUUACCAGUAGCUGGAACAACUCAGAGAAGAGAGUAUAUAAUAUUCCUGGCAUUACCCCCGAUAUGAUGAAACUCAUUAUCGAAUACGCCUACACAAGGACAGUGCCCAUCACGGUGGACAAUGUAGAGAGGCUUCUGGUGGCUGCCGACCAGUUUAACGUGAUGGGCAUCGUUAGGGCUUGUUCCGACUUCAUGAAAUGUCAACUGUGCCUGGAGAAUUGUAUUGGCAUCUGCAAGUUCACCGAGUACUACUACUGCCCCGAUCUGCGGCAAGCGGCCUACAUGUUCAUCCUGCACAGCUUUGAGGAGAUGGUUAAGGCGUCUACUGAAUUCCUAGAGCUCUCGGUCAAUGAGUUUAAAGACAUCAUUGAAAAGGACGAACUCAAUGUGAAACAGGAAGAUGCCGUCUUCGAGGCCAUCCUCAAAUGGAUCGUCCAUGAUCCCCCAACCAGAAAGCAGCACAUGGCUGCCCUGCUUCCUAAGGUCCGCCUGGCCUUGAUGCAUGCGGAAUAUUUUAUGAACAAUGUCAAAAUGCAUGACUACGUGAAGGAUAGUGAGGAGUGCAAGCCCAUUGUUAUUGACGCCCUGAAAGCCAUGUAUGAUCUUAACAUGAACGGCCCGUCGAGUUCUGACUUCACCAACCCACUGACAAGACCCCGUCUGCCGUACGCCAUUUUGUUUGCCAUUGGCGGCUGGAGUGGUGGGAGUCCAACCAAUGCCAUUGAAACAUACGAUGCCCGUGCCGACCGCUGGGUGAACGUUACAUGCCAGCAGGAGAGCCCCCGGGCAUACCACGGGGCUGCCUACCUUAAGGGCUACGUCUACAUCAUUGGGGGGUUUGACAGCGUGGACUACUUCAACAGUGUCAAGCGAUUUGAGCCCGUCAAAAAGACGUGGCACCAGGUUGCGCCCAUGCACUCAAGACGCUGUUAUGUGAGCGUCACCGUCCUUGACAACUUCAUCUAUGCUAUGGGUGGCUUCGAUGGCUACGUGCGUCUCAACACGGCUGAGAGGUAUGAGCCCGAGACCAACCAGUGGACCCUGAUAGCCCCCAUGCACGAACAGAGGAGUGAUGCAAGUGCUACAACCCUGUAUGGAAAGGUCUAUAUUUGUGGUGGAUUCAAUGGGAAUGAGUGCCUGUUCACGGCUGAAGUGUACGAUGCCAAGAUUGAUCAGUGGAGUUUGAUCGCACCCAUGAGAAGCAGGCGAAGUGGCAUUGGCGUGAUCGCGUACGGAGAACACGUCUACGCAGUGGGCGGAUUUGAUGGCGCCAACCGCCUUCGGAGCGCGGAAGCUUACAACCCCAUAGCCAACACCUGGCGAACGAUCCCGACCAUGUUCAAUCCUCGGAGCAACUUUGGCAUCGAAGUGGUGGACGACCUGCUCUUUGUGGUGGGCGGUUUCAACGGCUUCACGACAACGUUCAACGUCGAGUGUUACGACGAGAAGACAGAUGAGUGGUACGACGCCCAUGACAUGAGCAUCUACCGCAGCGCUCUGAGCUGCUGCGUGGUGCCGGGGCUGCCCAACGUUGGGGAGUACGCUGCCAGGCGGGAUAACUACGUGGGGUUAUCCCAGAGAGAUGAGGUCAAGUACUCCUCAUCCACAAGCACACUACCUGUGUGAAAAAGCUCCUUGACUAAUAAAGCCCUCUAAGCAAGAACUAUA